UAUUUUGACAAAUCUUUUUAAAUAUAUACUUUAAAACCGGAAGAAAAUAAAACAAUAAAGGCGAAAGAGACGACGCGUGCUGACGUCACCGGCGCUCCUCCAGUCGACGCCGCAGUCAUGGAGGAAGUGAGAGUGUUUCCUCUGACCUGCGCCGUGCAGAACUAUGCGUGGGGGAAGGCUGGGCUGGACAGCGAGGUGGCCAAGCUGGUGGUCGGAGGAGAGCCGCUGGCUGUCAUAGAGGAGAAACCCUAUGCGGAGCUGUGGAUGGGUGCCCACCCUAAAGGCGACGCUCAGAUCAAAGACAACAGGAUCACGCAGACCACACUGGGUCAGUGGAUCGCCCAUUACCCAGCAUGCCUGGGCUCCAAAGUGAAAGAUGCCUUCCAGGGUCAGCUGCCUUUCCUCUUCAAAGUGCUGUCUGUAAACACAGCUCUGUCCAUACAGGCCCACCCCAACAAGGACUUGGCGGCCCGUCUCCAUGCUCAGUUUCCGGAGCACUAUCCCGACACCAACCACAAACCGGAGAUGGCCAUCGCCCUCACCCGCUUCCAGGGCCUCUGCGGCUUCAGACCGGUGGAGGAGAUCCUGGCCUUCCUUCAACGCGUGCCAGAGUUUCACGCUCUGGUGGGGAAUGAAGCGGCGGAGGAGCUGCGGCGCAGCGUGGGGGACGACGCUCGCACCGGCCAGGCUCUGAAGAAGUGCUUCACCAGGAUGAUGAGCUGUGAGAAGAAGGUGUUUGUGGAUGAACUCAACGAGCUGGUGAAAAGGGUCACAGAGGAAGGAGCAGCAGGAAAGGACACGUCCAGCAGCAACGGGGAGCUCCUGCUGCGCCUCCACUCCCAGUAUCCAGGAGACAUCGGCUGCUUCUCCAUUUACUUCCUGAAUUAUGUGGUUCUGGAGCCGGGACAGGCCAUGUUCCUGGGAGCCAACGAGCCUCAUGCUUACAUUUAUGGAGACUGUAUCGAGUGCAUGGCGUGCUCGGACAACACCGUCAGGGCUGGGCUGACACGGAAGUACAUCGACGUGAACACUCUGUGUGAGAUGCUGAACUACAGUCCAGCACCUGCCUCCUCCAAAAUCUUCCCGAGUGUGCAGGACUCCUCAGACCCCUGUGUCACCGUGUACGACCCCCCAGUGCCAGACUUCACCGUCAUCAAAAUACAGGUUCCAGCCUCAGUGAAGGAGUACACCGUGGCUCCAGUGGACAGCGCCAGCAUUCUCCUGGUCAUUGAAGGCGACGCCAUGGUAACGGCGCCCGCCGCUCACUCUGACAUCACAAUGAGGCGGGGCACGGUCCUGUUUGUCUCAGCCAACGAGAGCCUGUCGCUGCACGUCUCAUCUCCGUCGGGGAUGGUCCUGUUUCGAGCUUGCAGCCUCCUGUAGCCGCGACACAGCCGCGCAUCCGUCUGGUACUUCCUGUUUCUUUGUGCGUGGUGAAUCGGGUGCAGUCAGUGUGCUGGUAGUUCAAACUAAAGAAAUCCCGUUUGCUGUUUCCCAGCAGAGCCUGGUCCCUUUAGCCUCAUUAAAGUCGUGUGCACCUCCAGAACUGUUUUAGUUCAGUUUGAAUGCAGCUUAUAGAGAAAAAAACAUGAAGAAUUUGUAUAUCACAUGUUUUUGGACACUUAUUUACAAAAAUAACUUUGAUUGAUCAAGCCAACUCUAAGUAUUACAUUUUCCUGGUAUUUUUCUUUCCUCUUCUUGGGAUAAAAUCAUUAUUUUUCCAAAUAUUACCAGUGCUUUUGUCCCACCAGUAACAGCAGCAGUUCCACAUCAUUUGAGUUGAUCUUGAAUAAAUUCAUCACUAUGCCUCAUUGUAAGGAAGUGACUAAUCCCACAAGUUUAGAAACACUGUCUUCUAUUUUACACUUUAUAUGAACCUAUUUUCUCUUUGCCCUCCUCCCCAAAAGGAACAGGCGAGUAGUUCUGAGACUGCUUCAUGUUGGUGCUCAUCCUACACUUGUUUUCUGUUUUUACAGCAUCCCUGCAUGCAGAUUAUUUAGGGAAACAUCCUCAAAGUUACGGGCAGAUGGGGAGAAAAUAACCAGCUUUAUUGCCUGCUGCAUGUUUGUUUAACGGUUUGGGUUAAGAGCGUUAGAUCUCUCACGUCCUCAGAACGAAAUGCUGCAUGUGGUUUAAUCGGAAUCGGUUUCUUUGCACCACAGAGAAUCUGGUUUUGAGGAGUUCUUGGUGUGAAUGGGUCAAGCUGUACCCAAAGGAGUCUGCAGAUCAUCUGAAGGAUUCUGCAGCUCACCAGGGUUUGACAUGAACUCUGUCUGUAGAUAUUUGGAGGAGGAACCAUUUUAAACCUUUUUCCUCAUGCCUGUAUGUGAAAACAGUAUAUUUUUAUGAAUGAAUUCAUGCAAACUGAUACUUUUCUCUGUUUUGUGAUCCUCUUUAGAUGCACUAAACUGAAGUCUUUUUGUUGUUAACCUGCUGAAUAUUCGAGAUGUUACUGUUCAAUACCAUUACCUCUACUCCAUCUUAGUUUUUAUUGAAAAAAUACCUGCAAGUUAUCUAAUUUUCUUCCUGAAAGUGUAGAGUUUUGUUCUUUAUGCCUUUGCUGCUGACCUUAAGACAGUUUUAGUAUAAACCUUUGAGAAUAUUGUUCUGUUUUGAUCUCACGGUUGGCUCAGCUUUUUGUGUGGGGGGUCAUGAUAUAAGUGAAGAUCAUAUAUAUAAUUAAAAAAAGGUAGCUUUUUUGGGCCAAGUCUUUUGGAAAAAAUGUUUGGUUAAGUUGAGUAUUUUUGAAUGAGGUAUUGGUAGCAUGAACCUUGAAUGUGGUGACUUGAAUAAACCUGUCCUCUAUA